AUGACGACCGCAACGCAAAACCCUCCAAACGCGACGGUCUACGUCAAGAACCUCGAAGAGCGGAUCAAGAUCGAGGAGAUGAAGACCGCGCUGACGGAAAUCUUCUCCGAGUACGGCAACAUCAUCGACCUGGUGGCCAAGUCGAACCUGAAAGCCAAGGGCCAGGCGUUUGUGGUCUUCGACAGCACCGAGUCGGCGGCGCGGGCCAUCGAAGAGAUCCAGGGGUUCGAGCUGUUCGACAAGCCCAUGCAGCUGGACUUUGCGCGCACGCGCUCCGACGCCACGGUGCUGCGCGAGGACGGCGAACCGGGCCUGGAGAAGUGGAAGAGAGCCCGCCUUGCCGAGAAGGAGAGGCGGCAGGCCCAGGAGGCGACGCAGCACAAGGCGACAACGGCGGCGACGACGACGACGACGCUCAAGAGGCCCGCACCCGGCGCGGCCGCUGAGUCUGCCACAGCAACAGCAGGAGGAGGAUUGAUGGCGACAAGGCCGGCCAAGGCAGCAAAGGGCGCGGGCCUGAAAGCCUCGGGCACCAAUGCCGCAGCCAUCAUCCCCGACGAAUACCUACCUCCUAACAAGACCCUGUUCUUGCGGGAUCUGCCAGAUAGCUACGACGCAGACGGCCUGAGCCGAAUAUUCAGCCGCUUCGAAGGAUUCAAGGAAGUCCGAAUGGUGCCGGGGCGGAAGGGCAUUGCAUUUGUUGAAUACGAGGCUGAGGCUGGCGCGAUUAGUGCAAAGGAGGCGACGGCCGGUAUGCAACUCGGUGACGAGGGCAAGGGAAUCAGGGUUACGUAUCAACGAGCUUGA